UCAAAGCUUCGCCAUGAUCAUCUCUACCAAGUUCCUCCUCUCUAGCUUCCUUGCUCUGUUGAUCUAUGGCAUUCCAAGCACUGCCCUCUCAUUCCGUGAAAGCACUCAGAGUGAUGACCUCUCGAUCCUUGCAAGUACACAGGAUGAUUUCUUUUCAAUCCUUGCAAGUACACAGGAUAAUUUCUUUUCAAUCCUUGCAAGCACCCAGAGUGAUUUCCUCGGCGCUCACAACUCCGCAAGAGCUUCAAUUGCGACGUCUCCAAGAAUCCCUCCUCUCUCCUGGAGCAAUGACGCCGCGGCAUUUGCAAUGAGAUGGAUCACAACGCUGAGAGACACGAGAAAUUGCAACAUGGUUCACUCGGGCAACAGAGCAUAUGGGGAAAACUUAUACAAAUGGAUGGGAAGUCCUGGAUUGCCAUCGCCAAAUCCUGCGGAAGCCGUGAAGUCAUGGGUGAACGAGAAGAGAGACUAUCGGUAUGCAAGCAAUAGCUGUGCCGCUGGUAAGGUUUGUGGGCAUUACACCCAAGUUGUGUGGAGGAACACCAAGAGAGUGGGGUGUGCGUCUAUCAAAUGUCCUGGAAAUAUGCUGCUUGUGAGUUGCAAUUAUGAUCCACCUGGUAAUUGGGUUGGGCAGAAGCCAUAUUAGCAGAUUAGAAAGUUCCCAUGCAUUUUCACAGCAUAGCCACAAAUCCAAUAAGUUUUCUUCUUGAGAAUCAUGGCAGCGUGUGUAGUUUUCUCGUUGACAUCAUAGCUUAUAAUAAAUGUAAACUCACUGUUUCAAUCACAAUCUAUCAGCAAGGCCAAAUUGAUUAAUACUUUUUUGACGCA